AUGAGCCUCAGGCCCGCGUCGCCGUCCCAUGAGCAGCUGAUGAAGCGCAAACAAGAGCGUAAUCGCAAGAGUUUGAUUAUAGCGCUCAACACAUAUGCCAAGCAAAAUAAUAUGCAGAUUAAUGAUUUUGAGUUUGUGGAAGAGAAAGAAAGGAAUCUGGUUUCUGGAAUGCUUGGAGGAUAUGUGCAUUCCAACUUUGUGGUGAAAGGUGUAGAUGGCAGACCAACUUUGUUCUUUGCUGAGAUGGAGCAUGACUGCUUCCAGGAAGAACAUGUUGUUCUCUGCACUCCGUUGGAAGACAAGGACUCUGGUUGUUGUUUCGGGUGCAAUAAGCGAGCAAGAAAGCUCAGGCACCCCACAUGCGGUGGCUACUUGGGUGGACUCGAGGAUGUGCCGUUUCCUUACGUGGAGGAGGAUAGUGAUGAUGAGUGCUUUCUUGAAUGA